UUCCCCAAACCCGCGCGCAAUUCCAAUCUCCCUCCCGAUCCGCCCAUCCGCCGACGCCAGCCAUCCAUGGACCGACGCCUCCGCUCCCCGGCGCGCCGUCCCGAGCGCCAGCAGCUCGCGGGCAGCGGCAGCCCGCACCGCUUCCUCCGCCCGGGCGCGCUCGCGCGGCUCCGCGACUCCAGGGUCCUGGCCCGCUCCCUCCGCUGUGCCGCGCGGGCGUGGGCGCCGCCCUCCUCGCCUCCUCGCUCGCCCGCGCCGCCCGCCGCCUGGGACGGCGUGCCAUGCUUCCUCGGGCCCGCCUCCGCCACGAGGGGGAUGCGGUACCCGUUGCGGAAGAAGCUGGCCGCCGCCCGAGCCGUGGUGCUCCUGUCCCCACCGCUGGAUGUCGUGGAGGCGUUCAUGGACGCGUUCGCGCCAGCGGCGUCGCCGGACGUGGUCGCUGCGCACUGAGCGAGUGAGCGGUAGCUUUUGCGCUCGGUGCUCGUCGACAUUCUUGGCAUUAUUGCCAAGUUAUUAGAUACAUAUAUGGUAUAUUAUAUAUAGUGUGCAGACGGAUCCGGUUAUGUUUCUGCUAGCUUCUUGUAUGGAUCUAGAAUUCGUAUAAAUCUAACUAUCUAAGAACUGUUGUUCCCAGUGCGUACA